AUGAAUGCUUUAUCAUACGUUUCUGAUAGUUUGGUUCUACCAUUACAGCUCUUCAAAAAGAAAGAUAAGAAAGAUGCAAGAAAUGUUAUCGAGAAAAAGGUAGCAGCUGGCGCAGCCACUGAAAUCAACCUUGAACAACCCUAUGUGGAUCGGAUAGGGAAACAAGUUGGAACUAAGAAAGCAGAAGAAUCUCUGAAAAAACCAACUCCUGGGCUAGAAUUUACUGAUAAUAAUUUUAUAGUAGAGGAAGAGGGACAUUCAUCCUUAAAUGUAACUGAUGACAGAAAAACUAAGAAUAAUGUUACGAGCAUACUGUGGUCGUUCCUACUAUUUUUCCCAAAAAUACUAAUUAUAAAGCCUAUCUUAUUCUUAUGGUAUAUACUAACCUUCCCUUUAUCUUUGAUUGAGCGUGGUACUAAAUACAGAAUGCGACCGUUCUCUCAAAGUAAAGAUUCAUCUCCAGAAAAAGAUGAAACUCUGGUGCAUAAUAAUAGCUUUCUUCCAGAGGAACCCUCUAAAUUAGAUGCCAUUAAUGAACUCACUGAGGAUGAUCUGGUUUCAGGAGAUGGGAUAUAUUUACAAAGAGAUAAUGUGAAAGGUUCUCUUUUAAAGGCCAGCUCUGUACGACAGCCAUCUUUAUCUCGCUCAAUGAAAACAAUGGUUAGUAACAACACAUCAUUUAGUAGUAAAAGAAUGGGUAAGUUUUUAUUUCCUAAAAAAUUAAUUCCAAAGUCAAUUACUCAAACAGAACGUAGGAAAAAAUUAGUACUUGAUUUAGACGAAACUUUAAUUCAUUCUAUCUCGAGAGGUACGACACAUACUAAUGUAUCACAGGGCCAUAUUGUCGAAGUGAAAUUUUCUAGUAGUGGUGUUUCAAUGCUUUAUUAUGUCCAUAAGAGACCAUACUGUGAUUUUUUCCUUUCUAAAGUUUGUAAAUGGUACGAUUUGAUUAUCUUCACUGCGUCGAUGAAAGAAUAUGCUGAUCCAGUGAUAGAUUGGUUAGAAGCAUCCUUUCAAGGAACUUUCACUGAAAGAUAUUAUAGAACUGAUUGUAUUCGAAGAGAUGGGGUGGGUUAUAUCAAAGACCUUACUAUAAUUAAAGAUGAUAGCAAUGUAUCAGUGCCUCAAACUUCAACCCUUAGCGAAGUUAUUAUACUGGAUAAUAGUCCUAUAAGUUAUGCAAUGAAUGCGGACAAUGCAAUCCAGGUGGAAGGUUGGAUUAGUGAUCCUACAGACACCGCUUUACUAAAUUUGCUCCCUUUAUUAGAAGCUCUUCGGUAUACUACAGAUGUUAGGAGUAUCUUGGCGUUAAAAAAUGGAGAACGGGCAUUUUAUGCUAAUCGCUAG